AUUAAAUAAAAAGUUUUUAUUUUUUUUUUGUUUUGACUUAAAACAAAGUUUUUAUAAACGGAAAAUGUCAACUGGUCGCCGCUUAGCAAAACGUUCAAUAAUCGGUACAAAAGUUUGUGCACCUGGUCCAGACGGUCUCUGGUAUUCAGGUGUUAUACAGGACGUUAAAACGCCACCAACUGCCACAGUCUCUUACGCGACUAACGAGCACAGCGAAUUAAAUUCAGCUGCUACUGCUGACGUCGCUGCUGCGGUUGACGCAGCAACUGCCGUCGGUGGCAACGCAGAUACAAUAUAUAUUGUACGCUUCGAUUUUAAAACACAAACAAUGCAAAAUAUUGACUCUAAUUCGUCGAUUGGUAAAUCGGUCAUAAUGGAGGCACGUCGGACAGCCCAUAUACAUAUUAGUCCUGCACAGACUUUACGUCGUAAUGCUAUGAUUAAAGAAUUUCGUGAAUCAGAUUUAGUCGGUCCUGGUUUUCGUACAAUUAUGGGCAUACAAUUACAGCCUGGUCAGCGUGUUUUCCUCACCUAUAAUGGACGUGAGACAUCUGGUGAUGUUAUAAGCCAUGAUGCUGAAAAAGAUGAAGUUGUUGUUAAAAUAACCGCCAUUGGAACUGAGGAACCAAUUGAAUUAAAGAAACGUUUGGAGGAGGUACGUUUACUUGAAUCACGUCGUUCAGCACGCUUAGCUGAUCAGGAUCGUGACACAGACUUUGCACGGCUUGCCGACAUGGGUGGAGAUCGUCGUAAAACAUCACACAGCAUUGAGGUGCCAUUAACUCUGACGCCACAGCACAAUUCACGUAAACGUCCGCCGUCUUAUUCACAUGAAUGCAGCGAUAAUCAGUGCAAUGAAGAAGAAAUGAAUGAAUGCAAUGCAGCUUUGAUUUUGAUGAACCUCUCAAAUUCACCAAAAUCUCCCAAAAAUGGAGAUAAAUGGCUUGGGUCAAGUCCAGGUAGUUCUUCAGCUUCGUGGAGUUCUGGAUCCUCUUCACCACCGCUUAGUGAUGAUGGUCAUGUUUUACAUACUAGCACCAUUUUAAACGAUCCUUCAGCUAAUGCCCGCCUACGUACUACAUCGGUUUCAACAUCUGAUGAGGGCAUCGUUGUGGACUUCAAAGAAGAUGCACCGCGUAAGAGAAAGGGGAUUAGACCGAGAUUCUUAUGUACCUGGAAAGGGUGUAAUUUUUCCGAGCACACUCUGCAAAAGAUUGAACGUCACAUACGAAGCACACACCUUGGCAAAAAACCACGAAGAUCAGCUGACUAUGACAGUGAUCAUGAAGAAGAAUUUUAUUACACUGAAAUUGAGGAUGAAGCUGACGAUCUUGACGACGAUAAUGCUAAAACACUUAGUCCAACAUCCCCACCCACACUAAGCCACCGUGACAUGGCGCGCCCUCCACAUGAAGACCCAGAAUACCAAAGACAAAUUGUUGGAAAUUUCAAGCAAGGACGUGUCGGUAAUAUGUGCCAGCAACAGCAGCAUCACAAUAAUAUAAAAUCGCAACAUAUUGGCACUAAUCACAACCAAAACCAACAAAAUCAAAAUAGCUACAGUAAUAUAUCUACAUCACCAUUGGAUCAUCACAAUUACACAUGGUCAUCUAUCCCAUCAGCUAGCGUACAAGCAGCUGCAACAUCAACUAUAUCACACAGCACUAUACAACAAUACAAUCAACAGUCACAACCACAGCAACAUAGUCCAUUGAUAAAACAUUCGCGUUCGUCACCACGUCCGUCCCAAUCGACAGCGCCAUAUCCAACACCAAAUUACGUCCAUCAUCAUCAUCAUCAUAAUUACAGUAGCAACAGUCCAAACAAUAAAAGUAACUCCAACAGUAACAGUAAUAACAAUCUGAUCAUACAAAAUAGCAAUAGUAAUGUGCUACAUCAGCUAUCACAGCAAAAUAUUACAGUGACAACACAUCAUAGUGUAAAUCAUAGCCAUCAGCAGCAGCCACAGCAACAGCAACAACAAUUGUCAUCAAUUACAAUUACUCCCAAUUAUCAACACAAUAUUCGUAGCAUUAAUAGUCAACAACAGUCGCCAACAACAACUGCCAACAACAUUAUUGCUACCGCGAAUCAAAGCAACACAUCUCAAUUAAUCCACCAACAGCAUACUAUUGUACAACAUGCUGUUACCACAGCAAGGCAAACACCAAACUCACCGAACCGACGCACUCGUGGUGAAAAUAAAAAAUGUCGCAAAGUCUAUGGUAUGGAACGUAAAGAACAGUGGUGCACUCAGUGCAGAUGGAAAAAGGCAUGCAGCCGCUUCGGCGACUGAAAAAGGCCAAAGUCGUCGGCGG